AAAAAUAUUCACCGAAAAAAAAAAAAGAAUAUUAAAUGCAAGAAAUAGUGCGCAAAAAUAAACAUAGUACAAAAAGAAAUUAAACGUAAAAAUAUACAAUAAAUAGCAAAACGAAAACAACACACUUUACGUAAUAUUGUAUUUAUUAAUAAGUAUUUGUUGCACAAGUUAAUUUUUUCAAACUCGCAUAACUUGAGUACCCCUAGUGCGUGUCAAAAACCUAACUAACUCAGCUGCCGCCAGCCACGCUGACAGCGUCUUAAGGAUGUCCUAUAAUUACAGCAAUCGCUCCGAGGAUAACCCAUACGAGGAUGACGAAGUAACAGAAGGUGCCUUACAGGUGUGGCGGGCGCUGCCCGAACGCAUACGACAGGAUCCCAGCCUAGCAUCGUUCCGGCAGGAGCACGAGCGUUUACAUGGCGAUGUGGAGCCCAUGCCCUCGUCGGAUGACGUGCUGCAGCAGCAGGAGAUGGAACGGGAGGAGCACGAGCUGAAUGGCCAUACGGAGGAUUCACACGCGUUCACACAGAUUGGCAUCAAUGUGACGAACGAGGCGGGGCAGGUGCAUGUCUUGGACGGCAGGGACCUGGAGAACAACAACGAGGAUCAGCACGAGGAUAACGACGCCUACUGCAAAAGCAGCCUGAAAAAGUAUCUGAUUUGGUUCAAGAUAUCGAUCCUGUUGGUGGUCUGGUGCGUCUUCACGGCCUUUCUCAUGUCCAACAACGAGCACGUGGAUCAGCUGAGUCUCAUCAGUGUGCCCGGCAACAGUUCCACGCGAGUCUUUCCCAUAACGACAGCCACGCUGGAGCGCAUCGGGCUGGGCCUGCGCGGACCCUUCCGGCUGCAGGAGAACGAGCUGCAGCUGAACGAGAGCGUGCCGCUGCCCGUGCUCCAGGUGCAGGUGACGCGGAGCUACUUUGAUGCCCAGGAUCAGGAGAUUUACACGGAGAAUGCCAGCGAGCUGUGGCAGCUGGACAUUGUGUACUUUGAGCUAAUUGAUGCUACCAAGGAUACGAAAAAGACGCACACCUUUGAGCUGCAGCCCGGCGAACCGACGUGGCUGGCCCAGGCGAACAGCACCCGGCUCAGCUUCGAGCUGACCAGCAGCAUCGAGGGCGAGCUGCCCCUCCAGCUGAAUGUGGACGAGUCGCCCAUCUAUAAGCGACACGGCGUCCUCUAUGCCGCCGCCGUGCUCUGCGGCCUCUACGUGAUGAUCAUCUGGGAGAUUGUGAAUCGCACCUUUGCCGCGAUCAUUGCCUCGACCCUAUCUGUGGGCAUAUUGGCAGCGCUCAACUCUCGACCCUCCAUGGCCACCAUUAUGGGCUGGAUUGAUGUGGAGACCCUGCUGCUGCUCUUUGGCAUGAUGAUUCUGGUGGCCAUACUCUCGGAGACGGGCGUCUUUGACUAUCUGGCCGUGUAUGCGUAUAAGAUAACCAACGGGCAUGUCUGGCCGCUCAUCAAUUGCCUGUGCCUAUUUACCGCGGUGCUCUCCUCCUUUCUGGACAACGUGACGACGGUGCUGCUAAUGACGCCGGUUACGAUACGCCUGUGCGAGGUUAUGUCCCUCAAUCCGGUGCCCAUACUGAUGUGCAUGGUCAUCUACUCGAACAUCGGCGGCGCUCUGACGCCCGUCGGUGAUCCGCCCAAUGUGAUCAUUGCCUCCAAUAGCUACAUAUCCAAGAAUGGCGUUAACUUUGCUGUCUUCACGCUUCACAUGCUGCCCGGCGUCCUUCUGGUCAUGGUCCAAACAUAUAUCCAACUACGCUACAAGUUCCGCAACAUCAGCGAUCUGCAGUUCAAGGACUCGGCCGAGGUGGAGGAGCUGCGCCAUGAGAUACACGUGUGGAAGCGUGCGGCUGCCAGCCUAUCGGCCUACUCCAAGGACGAGGAGCUGGUGCGUCAGACCCUAAUGAAGAAAGUCAAUCGCCUUAAACGGAGCCUCAAGAAACGCAUGACAGCUGUGAUUGAACCGGCGCCCAACUAUGAACAGACCCUGGCCAACCUGCAGGCAAAGUAUCCGGUUCGAAACAAGCAGCUGCUGGUCAAGUGCACCGCCGCAUUGAUCUUUGUGAUCAGUUUAUUCUUUUUGCAUUCGGUGCCGGAACUGCAGCGUCUCUCCCUAGGCUGGACGGCCCUAUUGGGUGCCAUAUUCCUAAUAAUAUUGGCAGACAUUGAGGAUCUGGAGGCGAUAUUGGCGCGUGUCGAAUGGUCCACAUUGCUGUUCUUUGCCGCCCUCUUUAUACUCAUGGAAGCCCUGACAGAGCUGGGUCUGAUCGAAUGGAUCGGCAAUAUGACGGAGGGCAUUAUAUUGGGCGUGGGCGAGGAUCGUCGUUUGAUGGUGGCCAUAUUGAUAAUACUCUGGGUAUCUGCUGUGGCAUCCGCCUUCGUGGACAAUAUUCCGCUGACCACGAUGAUGGUCAAGAUCACCAUUUCCCUGGCGCAGAAUAGCACCUUAAACUUGCCGCUGCAGCCAUUGGUCUGGGCACUCGCCUUGGGCGCCUGUCUGGGUGGCAAUGGCACAUUGAUUGGCGCCUCGGCGAAUGUGGUUUGUGCUGGCGUUGCCGAGCAACAUGGCUAUAAAUUCACAUUUCUCGAAUUUUUCAAAGUUGGUUUUCCCGUAAUGAUUGGCAGCAUAAUUGUGACAACGGGCUAUUUAUUAGUCUCGCAUUCGCUGUUCGCGUGGCAUUGAUAAAAGGCCCCACCCCCUAACAACCCACCCAACCCCCUCCUCCUCCUCCACCUCCUUUGCGGCAUGGAAUUGACUGUGUCGAUUUUUGAACAAGGCGCACUUUACCUCGUUACCUACAGCAAAAAAUGUUAAGCAUUCGACACUAAUGAAAAUAUCAACUGCAGAGAGUCGAAAGAGCAGAAAAAAUCCACAAAGAAUUUCUAAAUACAAGCAGCAUACUCUGAGUAUGCUAAAUAUACGAGACAAGAAAUAAAAUUAAAAAUUAAAUAAAAUAAAAAUAAACACAUUUAUUUUUACACAUCAUUGUUAGUGUAGUGCGUAGUCUAAUGAAAAAAAA